AAAAAAAAAAAAAAAAGUUAAUAACGAUCUGAUGAUUACUUUUGUAUUCUGAUAUUGAACAGCUUUGAUCUCUCUCUCUCUCGUGCGACGAUGGCUCGCUUAGCCUUUUCAUUAAACCUUCCAUCUAGUCAUGGUGGAUUCAAUCUCAGUCCUCGAAAUCAUCCAUCUUUAUUCCUUACCCAAACACGACCUCCACGAUUUCGUGCUCUUCGAUGCCAACCAAACCCAGAUUCUUCCGAAACCCAGGAGAAAUUGGUAGUGGAUAAUGGUGAAAACUCUGCUGCGUCGAAAGAAGUAGAACCAUCUUCUUCUUCGGGGUUCCCUGAAACACCCAAUAAGGAUAUCAAUAGAAGAGUCGCGGCUGUUACUGUUAUCGCGGCUUUGUCUUUAUUUGUAUCCACAAGGCUCGAUUUUGGGAUUUCUUUGAAGGAUUUAACCGCUUCAGCGUUGCCUUACGAGGAGGCUUUGUCGAAUGGGAAGCCGACUGUAGUAGAGUUCUAUGCAGAUUGGUGUGAGGUUUGUCGAGAACUAGCCCCUGAUGUUUACAAAAUCGAGCAGCAAUACAAGGACAAAGUUAACUUUGUGAUGCUUAAUGUGGACAAUACGAAAUGGGAGCAAGAGUUGGAUGAGUUUGGUGUUGAGGGUAUUCCUCAUUUCGCCUUUCUCGAUAGAAAAGGGAACGAGGAAGGUAAUGUGGUCGGGAGGCUCCCAAGACAGUAUUUAGUUGAGAAUGUGAAUGCGCUUGCAGCUGGCAAGCAAUCCAUUCCUCAUGCCAGAGCCGUGGGACAGUACUCAAGCGCUGAGGCUCGUAAGGUUCAUCAGGUUACUGAUCCCUUAAGCCAUGGAUAGAGAAGCGUGAUAGUUGUUGUUUCUAACUCUGUAGUGCACAAAAGAAGUAGACAGGAUGGGGAAAUUGGAAAAGUAGCAAUGUUUCAGAUUGAUCAGAAGAAUCCCACUGGAACUAUAAAUGUUAAUAUCGGUUUAUCCUGGUUUGACAUUGCUUGUCUCUUAUGCCACCUAUAUCAACUCAAUUCUAUUGUUUCAAUUUCUCUCUCA